UGAUUAUAUUAAUUCGUCUAAACAACUCCUUAUCACCAGGAAAAAUCGGUUGGCCUAUCUCUAUUCCCUUCUUUAACAUCCAACCCACAAUUAAUCUACAAAAAAAAAUUAAAGGAUAUAUAUAAGGACCUUAUUUGAUAAACCUCAUUCAAGAUUUUGUGGAUAUUCAAGAAAACAUCUUCAAAGAAAAAGAUUGCAAAACUAGAAUGAAGAAGACAAUGGAAGAGCCAACCAAGAUCAUGAGAAGAUCAAUCCACACUUUCCUCCAAAACUACCACCAUGCCGCCACCACCGCAGCCGCCCUUGUCCUCCCUUUCUCAGCCGCUCUCCUCCUCUCUCAGGCCUUCUUCUCCUCUUCCUCCUUUCAUUUGAGGUUAAACACUCUCUUCCCUGGAGAGGGUACUUUCUCUUCUUCUCUUGAUUUCUUCAACCUUAAACUCUCACAAACACUUUCUUCUUCUUUACUCACUCUCCCUUUCUCCCUCACUUUCUUCCUCUUCUCCAAAGCUUACGUCAUCAAACUCCUUUCAAACAACCACGACUCUGCUUAUUAUUACCUUCCUCUUCUCAAAACUUACAUUUGUAACUCUCUCUUCCUCCUCUCCGCAAACGCCUCUGCUUUUGCUCUGUUCUUAAUAGCUUCAAGAAACUUCUACACUCUAUUCUCCUUAGCCUCAGCCAUCAUCUACUCAAUCCUCCUCGCAAACGCCAUUGUCAUCACCAACCUAGCCUUGGUUUCAUCAACGUCCCCUUCCUCCUCAGGAGGAUACACAACACUUCUCAAGGCUUGUCUUCUCAUUCGCGGAAGAGCUUCAACAGCAUUGGCUCUUGCUCUGCCUACUAAUCUCGGCUUAUCAGGAGUGGAAGCCUUGUUUCAGUACAGAGUAGUGAGGUCUUAUUACAAAGGAGAUAGAGAUAUCGCCUUGAUAGCUAUAGAAGGAACGUUCAUAGCUUACUUAUACACUCUCUUCUUGGUUCUUGACACCAUAGUCAGCUUCCUCUUUUACCAAAGCUGCGUCAAGAACGAUGAGGAUAAGAAGAGAGGCAGAGAAGACGUGUACUUGAUCAAGAUCCAAAAAUGUGAAACAGAGAACAUGAAGAUAUGCAUCAAAGGUCCAAAACGUUUCCAAGAAAUCUUUUGAUUUCGUGUUUUGGUUUGAUGUAUUGAUUGAUAAAAAGCCAAGAAAGGAGAUAACAAACUUUUUAGAGAUUAUUUGAUUUUUUUUAAAGGAUAAUUUCUCAAGUAGCUUUCACUUCAAUCAAUUACAUGAUCAGCAUACUUCUUUAUUCUGCUUUUAAUUUAUUUUCUUAUAAUGUAAAGUCAUAUACAAAAAACUAUAGUUAAUGUCAAUCUUGAAAUUCAUAUUUGGUUAAUCCUACAGUGGAAUUCCAUUGCCGACAUAA